AUGGCGGGGUGGAGCCAAGGGUCCCUGAGGCCUUUCUGCAGCAGCCACUCAGGGCACCGAUGCCAGCCGUCCACAAUGUUAAAAUGCCAGCCUCCAGCGCGCCAUCCGCCUCCGGAUGGCGACUUUUGA